AUGGAGCCCGGCGGGGACCACCGGAGCCGGAGCGGCGGAGGCGGCGGCGGCCGGGGCGGCCCCGGGCCCGUGGCCGGCUCGGCUCGGGGCCGACGGCUGCCGCCCGCCGCGGGGUCGAGCGCCGGGCCGGAGCCCGAGGACGACGAGGGCGCCUCGGCUCCCCGGAGUCCGAAAGUGGGGGUCCCCAGGGGCCCUUUGCGGCGCGCGCUCUGGGCCACCCACCGCACCGGCGGCCCCCAGGAGCCCGAAUUGUUCCUCCCUGGGCAGCUGCGAAACAUCUGUGUGUGCAGUCGCGGAACGCCCCCACCCCUCGGCGGACUAAAAGGCCCCGGCUCUGUGUGUGUGGGACCCAUUUUUCCCCUGGUGCAGCGCCCCACGUCUUGGAAUCCUUUGGCGACUGAACAGCUCUCUCCUUCUCCCCUCCCUUCCUUAGGGCCAGAUCUUCAACUGGAAGGGGGUGCUUUCGGGUCCUGGGGGAGUACCCCGUUGCCCUCCUCCAGGGUCAGGGGCCCAGCAUCUUCGGGCAGGAAGUACUCGGACCACUGUGAGGCCCGCGCCUCCAGGCCUGGCAAGAGCCGCAUCCCGGGCCGAGACCACCGGCGCUACUACCACGACCACUGGCGGCUGGAGUACCUAAUGGACUUUAACCCGGCCCGGCACGGCAUGGUGUGCAUGGUGUGCGGCAGCUCCCUGGCCACGCUCAAACUCAGCACCAUCAAGCGCCACAUUCGGCAGAAGCACCCCUACUCCCUGCACUGGAGCCCCCGGGAGAAGGAGGUCAUCAGUAACAGCUGGGAUGCCCACCUGGGCCUGGGCGCCUGCGGAGAGGCUGAGGGCCUGGCAGCCCAGGGCCCCGAGGAGGAGGAAGAGGAAGAGGAGGAAGAGGAGGAGGAGGGGGUGAACUUUCAAGCUUGCCCGCCCAAGGGGCCAGACGAUGACCUCGUCCCCCAGGACCUGACCAGAAAGAGCCGGGAGCCGGCCCCUGCUGCUGCCGCCCCCUCCCCUCAGGACUGCAGCCCCCCACACGUAAAGGAAGAGGCGGGUUGGGGCCCCCAGAGGCCUGAGCCUGCAGAGGAGGAGGAGGAGGAGGAGCAGGAGCAGGAGGAGAAGCAGGAGCAGGAGGAGGACAAGGCGGGCGAGAGGGUGGAGGGCCAGGGCCGGCCGCCGCGCCCCCGCGGGCCCGGUCCCCACUACCAGGAGCGCUGGCGGCUGCAGUACCUGAUGGAACUGGACGGCGGCCGGCGCGGCCUGGUGUGCAUGGUGUGCGGGGGCGCGCUGGCCUCGCUCAAGACCAGCAGCAUCAAGCGCCACAUCCGCCAGCGCCACCCGGGCUCCACGCGCCUCAGCGGGCCUGUCAAGGCCCUCAUCGCCCAGGAGUGGAGCCAGAAGGCCGCGCACCUGCUGGCCCUGGGGCUGCCCUGCACCGCCGCUGCCACCUCGGCCGCUGCCACCGUGCCCGUCGCUGCUGCAGCCUCCGAGCAGGGGGGAGGAGGGCCAGAGGAAGAGGAGGAGGAGGCAGAGGAAGAGGCUGAGGAGGAGGAGGAGGAGUGGGGUCAAGGCCCGCUGUCCCCCCGGGAGCCCUCGUCGUCGGAGAGGCCUGCAGAGGAGGAAGAGGAGGAGGAGGAGGACUCGGAGCAGCACCCCACCGUCCUGGCCUUCCCGCAGCACCACCUGCCCGCGCCCCCUCCGCCUCCACCGCCGCCGCCGCCGCCCCCGCCGCCCGCAACCCCGCAGCCGCCCCAGGCGCCGGCCCGCCGGGAGCAGCGGCGCAACUACCAGCCGCGCUGGCGGGGCGAGUACCUGAUGGACUACGACGGCAGCCGGCGCGGCCUGGUGUGCAUGGUGUGCGGCGGCGCGCUGGCCACGCUCAAGGUGAGCACCAUCAAGCGCCACAUCCUGCAGGUGCACCCCUUCUCCAUGGACUUCACGCCCGAGGAGCGCCAGACCAUCCUGGAGGCCUACGAGGAGGCGGCGCUGCGCUGCUACGGCCACGAGGGCUUCGGGGCCCCCGCGCCCGCCGCCCCGCGCGACGCCCACGGGCCCGUGGACCUCAAGGCCGUGUGCCGGGCCUAGCCGGACAGCCCCGUCCUCCUGGGGCCACCCCGUUCCCGCUGGCCGGGCCUGCUG